GGAAAUCCAAAGCUGGAAUCGAAUCGAUGAAGCUGCCUGCCUGCCUGCAACCAUCUCCUUCGCUUCUAUGUCACUGCACGCGUUGAAGGAGACGCUCAAGCCCUGCUCGCGCCUCCUUCCCUCGUCCUCCCUCCCCACCGCCGGCGGCGGCGGCGGCUCCGCCUCCACCUCCACCUCCCCGCCGAAGCCCUCGCCGGCGCAAGAGCUCGAGCCCGGGAACCUCCGGAAGCCCCCGAAGUCGUCUCUCUCGAAGCAGCUCCUGCGCCUCCAGGGCUCCUCCUUCUUCUCCUCCUCGUCGGAGGAGGAGCGCCCCCCGCGUGCCCGUGCUGAGGAGGAUCGCGGCGCUGCUGGAUUCAAGGAGGAAGAAGAUGGUGAGGAGGAGGAGGAAGAGGAGAAGGUGAGGGCGGCGUUCGGGAGGCCGAAGUCGGCGAGCUUCCAGUUUGAUCCGACGGGGCCUUUCGAGCCGUUGGUCCUGUCUUCGGACGGGGAAGCUCGGGUCGUUCAGGUUCCCUCAUCCAUCAAUUGCAGGUUGCUCGAGCAUCAAAGGGAGGGCGUCAGGUUUUUGUAUAAUUUGUACAAAAACAAUCAUGGAGGGAUUCUUGGUGAUGACAUGGGGCUUGGGAAGACCAUUCAAACAAUUGCAUUUCUGGCUGCUAUUUUUGGAAAAGAUGCAGAAUCUGAGAGUCUUAAGGGUUCAAAGGAAGGUCAAUUACAGAAGAAGGGACCUGUUUUAAUAAUUUGCCCCACCUCUGUAAUCCAUAAUUGGGAAAGUGAAUUUUCUAAGUGGGCAGCCUUUGCUAUAUCCAUCUAUCAUGGUGCGAAUCGUGAACUUAUUCUUGAGAAGUUAGAUGCUCAUGCUACCGAGGUACUUAUAACCAGUUUUGACACGUACAGAAUUCAUGGUAGCAUCUUGUCCGAUAUUAAAUGGGUGGUUGUGAUAGUUGAUGAGGCACAUCGGCUCAAAAACGAGAAAUCGAAGCUCUAUGCAUCGUGUUUAGAUAUCAAGACCCCCAGGCGUUUUGGUCUAACGGGAACAAUAAUGCAGAAUAAGAUCAUGGAACUGUUUAAUUUAUUCGAUUUGGUCGCACCGGGAUCCUUGGGGACGAGGGAGCAUUUUCGGGACUUCUACGAUGAACCUCUCAAGCAUGGUCAGCGAUCCUCUGCUCCAGAAAAAUUUGUCCAGAUUGCUGAUAAGCGAAAACAACACCUAGUGGGAGUUCUUCGUAAAUAUAUGCUGAGAAGGACGAAAGAGGAGACUAUUGGGCAUCUUAUGAUGGGUAAGGAAGAUAAUGUCGUGUUCUGUGCCAUGAGUGAAUUACAAAAAAGAGUGUAUAGGAGAAUGUUACAGUUGCCAGAUAUCCAGUGCCUAAUAAAUAAGGACAUCCCUUGUAGUUGUGGAAGCCCACUUAGUCAAGUUGAAUGUUGCAAGAGGACUGUACCAGAUGGGAUCAUUUGGCCUCACCUUCACAGGGAUAACCACGAGGGUUGUGAUUCAUGUCCAUUUUGCCUUGUCCUUCCUUGCCUGAUCAAGCUUCAGCAGAUAAGCAAUCACCUGGAAUUGAUUAAGCCUAACCCUAGGGAUGAACCAGAUAAGCAAAAAAAGGACGCUGAAUUUGCCGCCGCUGUUUUUGGCUCUGAUAUUGAUAUGGUGGGUGGGAAUACCCAGAAUGAGAGCUUCAUGGGCCUGAGUGAUGUUAAACAUUGUGGCAAGAUGCGAGCCCUUGAAAAAUUAAUGCUCUCCUGGAUCUCUCAAGGUGAUAAGGUUCUUCUGUUUAGUUACUCGGUCAGGAUGUUGGACAUACUUGAGAAAUUUCUCAUACGCAAAGGUUAUUGCUUUUCAAGACUCGAUGGUUCUACUCCAGCCAAUGCACGUCAGACUCUUGUUGAUGACUUUAAUUCUAGUCCAAGCAAACAGGUUUUCCUUAUAUCAACACGAGCUGGUGGGCUUGGGCUGAAUCUUGUCAGUGCAAACCGUGUGGUAAUAUUUGAUCCAAACUGGAAUCCUGCCCAUGAUUUACAGGCCCAGGACAGGUCCUUCCGCUUUGGGCAGAAACGGCAUGUUCUGGUCUUCCGUCUUCUCGCAGCUGGCUCUCUUGAAGAACUCAUUUAUUCUCGGCAAGUGUACAAGCAGCAGUUAUCCAACAUUGCCGUUUCUGGAAAAAUGGAAAAGAGAUACUUUGAGGGAGUGCAGGACUGCAAGGAGUUCCAGGGCGAGCUUUUCGGAAUCUGCAAUUUGUUCCAUGAUCUGUCUGAUAAACUUUUCACUAGUGAGAUUAUUGAACUACAUGGGGAACAAAGACUGAAAAGUGAAACACACCUUGAUGCAAAGCACAAAUCAACAGAAUGUGGUAACAGUGAUGUUCCUCAAGAGGAAGUCAGUACAACAAUGAUCUCUAAGAAUAGAAAGCUUUAUGAUCAACAAAAAGCUAUGACCAGUAAGCCAACACUUGAAGACUUGGGUAUUGUAUAUGCUCACCGAAAUGAGCACAUUGUCAAUUUUGGUCCGGGAACUGAAAUAAAUCCGGAAGUAAAUAUGCCCCAGAAUGAUAAGCAGCUCUCAGUUUGUUUUAAGAGUAAAAGAAAACUGAGUUCCGAUGGUGGAGAAACGGAGGCGUCUACAACCAGGAAUUGGAAGAAAGCUCAAUUUAAGCUCCUUGCACAGUUUAAGGGUAUGAACGAGAUCGAGUUCAGUAAGUGGCUAGUAUUGGCAACUCCUUCAGAGCGGAAAAAGGUGCUUCAUGACUUCAAGGGAAGAAAGCGAAAGAUUCCGAAUGGUUGAAGUAUCCCUUAACAUAUGUAAUCGUAGAGUAAUACUAUAACCUGUACGACCAAGGGUCAACAGUGUGCAUAUUGUACAAAAUAUAUAAUCCCUACUCUUUAUAUCAAUUUGUACAGAUGUAAUUGCUCGAGGCGCCUGAAAAAGAUGGGAACUCAGUGCACAUAUUCUAUUUCAGUAGUUCUACA